AUGGCGGCCGGAGCGGUUUUUCUGGCAUUGUGUGCCCAGCUGCUCCAAGCCAGGCUGAUGAAGGAGGAGUCCCCUGUGGUGAGCUGGAGGUUGGAGCCUGAAGAUGGCACAGCUAUGUGAUUCAUCUCCUGCGGUUGUGGCAGCCACGGUGAUGGAGACCGCAGCUCAACAGGAGCGGUAGGAGGGUACCCGUGGAGGCCAAGUGGUAGAAGCCUUGGAGGGUGGGCAGGUGCAUGGAGGGUGACAGCAGUGCUGGUUCCGUUGGCAUCGGCGCUAAUGGUGGCAGCAGCAGCAAGUCUAGGGUCCAGGAAGGGGGAGUAGGAGAGCUUUGGGGCCCAGCCCGGCCUGGGGUGGGUAAGAAGCUGCCGGUUCUGUACCACAGGCCUCAGUGACAGUGGUGGAGGUACAGCCAGGGCAAGGAGGAGUCCUCCCCCUUCUCCUGCGGUCUCUGGAGGGUACCCUCCUUCUGCUGGCAUCUGAGCCAGGUGUGAGUGGCAGCAUUGUUUCAUUCUUAACAGAAUUUAGGGACUUACUAUUUGUGUAUCUUUUUGUUUUUGGUUGUGAUAACCCUUAAGGGACAAAAGGCUUCUUUGGCUGGGUUUUGGUGUGGUGGGAUCCCCCCAUGUAAGACAAAGGGUGCUUUGCUGGCAAGCUGUGUGUUGGAGGGAGUUCCCCAAGGGGAAGAAAGGGAACCUCCCAGGAGGGUGGCUGCUGUGGCAGGUCCCCUGCCUCUGGGCACCCUUUGGGCCACCUAGUUUCCCCUGUGGAAGAGGGGAGGCUUAGACCGGUGUCACUUUUAUCAUCAAAGAGGCAUCCUGGCUGGGCCAGUUGAUUUGACCUUCCCACUUCUUCAGACCACCUGCCCAUGGUGUCACCUGGGGGAAGUGGAACCUCAGGCCACAGGGGCAGAGGCUUCUCUGGCAGGCUGAUGGCUGUAGUGGAUUCUGUUCUGCCUGCUGCUUGGGAGGGCUUCUGUGGCCAGCAACUGAUGCUGGGACUGUCCUGUUGGUGUUCUGCUGCCUCCGGGUUCUUGGGGACUCUCAGAUGUGUGAAGGCAAAAUGGUUUCCUGGCUAGUUUGUGUGGUGUGGUUGGGAUCACUUUUGCUACAUGCCCCUCAGGCAUCCUAGUGGGGGACAAGGGAAUUUUAGAUUUAAUGGAGAAUGUGUCUAUGUUGGCUGCUUUUUAUUAGCAGAUUUCUGAACAGUUCUAUUCUAAAUGGUCGCCUCUUGUUGAUUAGACUCUAGCUCCAUUGGAGAAGAGAUGAGCUUACCUGGGCUGUGUUUUCUUGUUAGCUUGAGGGUUGAAAACACUAGGUUUUUGUCUCCUUUUCCAGUUGAGUUAGGGAAGUGACAUGCAUUGCCACAAAACAGUUCCUUCAGUUCUGGAGUCCUUAGACAGACUGUCAUCUUACUAGCACCUUUCAGCAUUCUCCGUUCAGUGAGAUAAUGUGGGAGGGUUCCUAAUCUAAAAGGAAACAUAGAAUGGUGUUCUUAUACUGUAUGACAAGAAAUACGAAAUAAUUCUGAAAAAUUUAGUCAUUUUUCUUUUAAAUUUAGA